AUGGUCACGAUAAAGGAUGCCGAAGACGAUAUUCUUAAGUUGGCAAAGACGCAUCUGCAAGAGGCGGGAAUGCAAGAGCUGAUCAACUUCCGUGGACUAGACUGCUGGAACGGAGGUCGCCUAGAACUACCACUCCUUGCUAGCGAACCAACUGAGUUGAAUAAGGGGCUCUCCAAGUUUCGAGGCAAUACGAUUACUCGUAAGCUAAUGGCUCUAGAGCAAGAAGAACCAGACAGGGACGGUCGCCGUUCGGUGAAUUAA